AUGAAAAUGAUGAAGAUGUACAAAAGACUGCCUCAAGUUCUGGGCAAUAGCAGUUCACAGGAACAGGCUGCUGUGUAUUAUGCAUCAGAAUCAAUUGUCUGCAUUGCUAUCUUCACCAUUGUUUUCAUCAUCGGUGUCCCAGGCAAUGGGUUAGUGAUCUGGGUAGCUGGUCUGAAAAUGAAAAGGUCUGUGAACACUGUCUGGUUCCUAAACCUUGCUGUGGCUGACAUCAUGUGCUGCUUGUCCUUGCCAUUUUUCAUUGUUCACCUGGCCCUUCAUGAACACUGGCCCUAUGGCUGGUUCCUCUGCAAAGUCAUUCCAUCAGUCAUAAUCUUCACCAUGUUUGCUAGUGUCUUCCUACUUGUGGCCAUCAGCAUUGAUCGGUGCCUCCUGGUGAUGAAACCUGUUUGGUGUCAGAACCACCGAACAGUGAAAUUUAUAUCACUAAUUUGCAGUAGCAUUUGGAUGCUGGCCUUCCUUUUCUGCUGCCCUGUCUUCUACUACCGUGAGACAAGCACUUACGAUGGCAAAACAGAGUGCGGGUACUAUUCUGGAGUUGAUGAUUACAUAGAUGAUCCUGUAAAUGUAUCUGUAAACGUGUCUAUAAAUGAGUUAUGGGACUACUCAACCUACAAUGGUAGUGACUUGUGGGGAUAUACCAAUGAAGGUAAUGAUUCUGUAGCCCUUGCCUCAGUGGUAAUAAACAUCACUAGGGCUGUCUUUGGCUUUGUGCUCCCCUUUGGCAUAAUGGCAGUUUGCUAUGCCCUCAUUGUUUUCAGAACACAUGCAAAUCAGUUUCACAAGUCACACAACAGGACAUUGCGAACAAUUGUGUGUGUGGUAGCUGCAUUCUUCAUCUGCUGGGCUCCAUACCAUGUCAUUGGGAUGCUCUCUGUUGUACCUAGUCUUAGAACAAGACUGAUGGAGUCACUGAUCCUGUGGGAUCACCUCUCUACAGCACUUGCAUACGCCAACAGCUGCAUCAACCCCCUCCUUUAUGUUUUUGUGGGACGGGACUUCAGGGCAAAGGUACGGCAAUCGGUGCAAAGAAUCUUGGAAAAUGCCUUUAGUGAGGAACUCACAUCUUCAACCCUUCACAGAAGCCAGACUUCAGCAGACAAGAACGUGAGCAGCAUCUUGUAAUGCAGGACCUCCUAUCACCGCUGUAGGAAGAACAAGCUAUAGCGCUGCACAUCAAUCACUCUCUGCUUAGCAGGUGUUUUUGCUCCAAUAUGUUUGAUUAAUCUGCAGCUCCAACCCAGGACACUGCAGGCAUUCAGCUCAUGAACCGAUAACCCCCUUUAUGUCUUACACUAGAGAGAUGGGAAUGUGGAAGCACCAAGAGUAAUCAUCUGAGGGAUGACUGGUGAAGCAGAAGACACAGUAUUUUAACCUACACAGACUAUUUUAAGAAAUCAGGGCUGGCUACAGAUUUGUGGUGGGAAUUGUGAAGUUGAACCUCUCAACUGAGAUAAGAAUGUUAUUUUAUUUGCAUAUGUCUGUAUUUUACAUCUCCUGCCUCUGAUAAAGUGCAGAUAAAA